AGCUGGACCUGCAGCGCUGCGGGGAGCCGACGCGGCGGCCGCGCCAUGGCGCUGGAGGCGAUCCGGUACUCCCGGGGGUCGCUGCAGAUCCUCGACCAGCUGCUGCUGCCCCAGCAGAGCCGCUACGAGGCCGUGGGCUCGGUGCAGCAGGCCUGGGAGGCCAUCCGCGCCAUGAAGGUGCGGGGCGCCCCGGCCAUCGCCCUGGUGGGCUGCCUGAGCCUCGCCGUGGAGCUGCAGGCCGGCGCCGGGGGCCCGGGGCCGGCCGCCCUCGUGGCCUUCGUGCGGGACAAGCUGAGCGUGCUGGUGUCCGCGCGGCCCACCGCCGUCAACAUGGCCCGCGCCGCCCGUUCCCUGGCCGACGCCGCGGCCCGCGAGGCGGAGAAGGAGGGCGCCACGGAAGCGGCGGUCCGGGAAAGAGUGAUCUGCCACGCCGAGGACAUGCUGGACCAAGACCUUAGAGACAACCAGCGCAUCGGGGACCUCGGAGCCCACCACCUCCUGGAGCGGGCAGCCCCUGGGGGCGGCAAAGUGACGGUGCUGACACACUGUAACACUGGUGCCCUGGCCACCGCUGGCUACGGCACAGCCCUGGGCGUGAUUCGCUCCCUGCACAAGCUGAACCGCCUGGAGCACGCCUUCUGCACCGAGACGCGGCCCUACAACCAGGGCGCCCGGCUGACGGCCUUCGAGCUGGUAUUCGAGCAGAUCCCCGCCACUCUCAUCGCCGACAGCAUGGCCGCGGUCGCCAUGGCCCGCAAGGGCGUGUCCGCCGUCAUCGUGGGCGCCGACCGCGUAGUCGCCAAUGGCGACACAGCCAAUAAAGUGGGCACCUACCAGCUGGCCAUCGUGGCCAAACACCAUGGCGUCCCCUUCUACGUGGCGGCCCCCAGCUCCUCGUGCGACCUCGGGCUGCAGACUGGCAGGGACAUUGUGAUCGAGGAGCGCCCAGGCCACGAGUUGACCGAGAUCAAUGGGGUCAGGAUAGCCGCUCCCGGAAUUGGGGUUUGGAACCCGGCCUUUGACGUCACACCCCAUGAGCUCAUCACUGGAGGGAUCAUCACAGAACGGGGAGUCUUUACCCCGGAGGAGCUCCGGGCGGCCCUCAGUGCCACCAUCCCCUCAGGGGGAGGACCCUAGGUGACCCAGCUCCCCCAGCCCUGCCCCAUUCCUCAGGUUUUAUAAUAAAUGUCUUG